AUGCAGUGGUUGAAGCAAUGGGGGAAUGUCGAGGAGAUCGAAAUUUUGCCGCAGUUUAUACUUGGGGAAGACGAUUGGCGGCUGCAGCAAAAUGUCAUUGGAUUCUCUGCUAUCUAUUUAUACAGCUUGCACCACACGUAUCGCGAAUUAUGGGCGUCAAUUCGGGAACUUUCGCAAAACGAGCAAAACCAGAUCUCGCUGGUGGCCCUAUUAGCAACUACUGAGCACCUGACUGCCGUCAACGUUCGCAAGGAGCUUGUGGAGGCUGGAAUCGUUACCCCGGCUGACGAGCUGCACACCCUAGAUAUCCUGCUUGGGUCACCAUUGGUCAAACAUUCCAAAAGCCCCAUGCUGUGGUUUCAUCGAACGUGGUUGCUUGAAAAGUAUCCUGAACUUGUUGAAUUGGAACACGAGCUAAGAAUCGUCUCAAAGGCAGCGCACCAUCACCCGAAAAACUAUUAUGCAUGGUCCUAUGCCCGCCGUUUGGUCCGCGAUAGUAACCGAGAACGAAUCAGUCAAUGGGCCUGGGAACUGUGCUGUGCAAAUGUCAGUGACGUGUCGAUGUGGUCGUUUCUGGCCGCAGUCGAUGCAUCCAGAGCGAGCCAGGCUAGGCAGAUGGACGAGAAAUGGCCGCACGAAUCCAUCAAAAUGUACCUUCGACUAGUUGGAGAAGAUGUAUAUAUAUAG